AUGGUUGACAAAGCGGUCCGUCUAAACAGCGAGCACCAAUUACAGCUGCCGUCGCCCGCGUCCGUGGGGCUUACCAAGCAGCGAAUCCAAACUGUGGAUUUGUCUGCUACUGACAUUUGCACCGUCUAUGACGAGGAAAAGGUGUACGAAGAGCCAAGGGACCAUGAGUACGCGUAUCAGCGUGACAACGAAAUCGUGGCUCAAGAAUUGCCAUCCUCCCUCAACGGCGUCCUCGAAAGCCGCAUCCGCCUUCCGUAUCACCCAAAGCUUUUUACUACGGGCUCUGCCCCACUCUUUGAUGUGUUUGCAUCACUGCCGCGCCUACCAUCCUAA